AAAAAUGUCUUCAUAUGCGAAAUCUUUUGUGUUGUUACACACAUUCAAAAAUAUAUCUUCAUUGAAAGAAAACGAGAACCGCUAUAGUAAUGUUGAAAGACGUUACAAUACUCCAUGGAAGCUCGGCAUUUCUAGAAAAAAUGGAAUGCUUGCUGUUUACCUAUAUUGUAAUAAAGAAUUCUACAUGCACAGAAAAUGGUCAAUUCAAACGAAAUACACUAUGAAGCUAGUAGCUGUCAGUGGAAAAUAUGUCCAACGGACUAUGAAUACAAACUAUGAAUUCCAAAACCCCACAGGAAAUGGAUUUCCUGAACUCAUCAGUUGGGAGAAUAUGCAAAGGGAUUAUGUAAAUGAUGACAGUAUUCUGAUUGAAGCUCAUGCCAAUAUUAUUAACAUGACAGACACUCCGACCUGGCAACCUAACAUAGGAAAAUCAUUUGUUCUAAAACAUACUUUCGGAAAUAUAUCGAGAUUUGUGCGCGGAGAGCAGGUUUAUAGUGAUAUAGAAGAGCAUUACAAUAUACCAUGGAGAAUCACAAUAUCAAAGUGUCAUGAACGUCUUGGGAUAUAUUUGUAUUGUAAAAAAGCUGUUUGUGAAGGAAAGAAAUAUGAAGUUAAAUGUGAAUUUGAAGUUCAAUUAAUUUCUUCAAGUGGCAAAUGUGAUGCAGGACGUCGAUCAGUUGUUUUCGAUCAGCCUUAUGGCCGUGGUAUGACAUUAAUUAGUUGGGAAAAAAUGAAAAAAUACUACGUUGACAACGACAGUAUUAAUGUGGAAGUCAUUGUAAAUAUUAUUGAUAUCAAAGGUUGGUGUCAUGUUUUCUACUAAUAAUGUGAGUUGAUUUUUUAAGAAUCAUCAUGCAUUAUGUCGAAUACGGGGAAAAAAUUUGUAUUAUCCUAUGCUGUUGAGAACAUAUCUAGUAUUAAGGAAGGAGGGAACUAUUCCACAGGCAUUGAAAAUCGUUUCAACAUUCCAUGGUCAGUUGUUAUAACUAUAU